AUGACAAAAGCUACAAUUAUUGGAAUGGGUGCGAAGUUAUACGACGAAUAUUUGAAAAUGAAUGUCGAUUUCAAGUCGCUUUACGACUUGAGAUCUAUUCGUUUGGUUUAUUCAACUGCCUCACCACUGAAAGCUGCUGCAUUCCAUUUUAUCAAUAAUAGCAUUAGUCCUGGAGCUGUCAUCGGUUCUAUUUCUGGCGGCACUGACAUAAUUGGAUGCUUCAUGGGUUGUUCUCUAUCCCUGCCAGUACAUCCCGGAGAAUGCCAAUGUUUGUACUUGGGAAUGGACGUGAAAGCCUUCGACCGCGAUGGUGGGUUCUUGUCCCAAGGUGACAAGUAA